CUAGACGAUUGGGACCUGCAGAGGCCGCCCUUGGCUCGUGGAAGGGGGCGGGACCGGGAUCUCACCCCGUCCUAGAGGAGCCGGAAGUGCCUAGUGAGUGCGGGGCGAAGGACACUUACCUGCUGACCCUGCGUACUCAGCCAUGAACUACGUGGGGCAGCUGGCAGAGACGGUGUUUGGAACCGUAAAGGAGCUGUACCGGGGCCUGAACCCGGCCACGCUGAGUGGUGGCAUCGACGUGCUGGUGGUGAAGCAGGAGGACGGCUCCUUCCGAUGCUCCCCCUUCCACGUGCGUUUCGGCAAGCUGGGCGUUCUGCGGUCGCGGGAGAAGGUGGUAGACAUCGAGAUCAAUGGGGAGCCGGUGGACUUGCACAUGAAGCUGGGGGACAGUGGGGAGGCCUUCUUCGUCCAAGAGCUGGAGAGCGAUGAGGAACACGUGCCUCCCCGCCUUUGCACGUCACCCAUCCCUUGGGGGGGCCUCUCUGGGUUCCCUUCGGACUCCCAGCCAGGCACAGCCAGCGAGCCUGAGGUCAGCAUCACGGGCAUGGCCUCCACAGGGCGGAAGAAGAGGCGUCGCAGGAGGAAGCCCAGGCGGAAGGAGGAUGUGGCGGCGGCCGAUUAUUCUAGUUCAGAAGAGCUGGAGGCAGGUGCUGAGAGUGAGCUGUCCCUGCUGGAAAAGCCAAGGCCAGAGCCCCCAGGCAAUGUCCAGCCAGAAGGAGAGUCCUCACCACAGCCCAAGGACAUCUACCCCUACUCGGAUGGCGAGUGCUCCCCCCAGGCCAGCAGCCUCUCACUGGAUGGGCUAACCCCCGCUAAGAGUGACUCAGAGCUGGAGCUACGGACCCCCGAACCCAGCCCCCUGAGAGCUGAGUCCCACCUGCAGUGGGCCUGGGGAAGGCUGCCUAAGGUGGGCAAAGCUGAGUGGCCUGAGUCCUCGAUGGUCCCUGAUGGCAGCUCCAGGACAGCCUCUCCUCCUCAGGGAGUGCCCAGCACCCCCUCCACCCCUGUGGAUCCUGCAGGACCCCCAGUCCUGCAAACAGGGGCUGGCGCUGACCUUCAGCCUGUCACAGAGGUGCCCGCUCUGGUGGGGCCCCCACUCCCCACCCAUGAGAGAGAGGAAACCAAGACUCAGAGGUCCAGAGAUGCGGGCCUUCCUCCUGCCUCUAAAUCAUGGAGCUGGGUUGCUCUGGAGGCCCCUGCUCCCACCAGGCAGCCGGAGGGGGUCUCCAGGAGGAAAGGCUCCCUGAAGAGAAGCCAGCACCUGGGCCCCAGUGACAUCUACCUGGAUGACUUGCCCUCCCUGGAUUCUGAGAAUGCAGCCCUUUACUUCCCCCAGAGAGACUGUGGGCUGGGGGCCAGGAGGUGGAGUGAACCCGAAAGCCAGAAGGCGCUGGGGGACUGCAACCCUGAGCAGGAACCAGAACCCGCUCCGGACACAGCAGACACCAUGGUGCUUUCCCUCUGUGGGGGCCUGGCUGACAGCUGGGAUAUCUCUUUGGAGAAAUUCAGCAAGCACAUCGUCUCCUACCAGGACCUUGCCCAGAACCCCGGUCUCCUGGACAACCCGAACCUUGUGGUGAAAAUCAAUGAGAAGCAUUAUAACUGGGCUGUAGCUGCCCCCAUGAUCCUCUGUCUUCAAGCCUUCCAGAAGAACUUGCCCAAGAGCACCGUGGACAAGCUGGAGAAGGAGAAGAUGCCUCGGAAGGGAGGGCGGUGGUGGUUUUCCUGGCGACGAAGGGACAUCCCGGCCAAGGAGUACAGUGCCCAGAGGGAGAAACCCACAGCAAGGGAGCAGCGGGGGGAAAGGACCAAAGCCCUGAGCAGUGAGGACGACGACCCGGACAGCCCUGUCAUCCUGGAGGCCCCCUCCCUGCCCCUCUCGCCUCCAGCCCACACUCCUACCUACAAGAAAUCCCUCCACCUCUCCUCCAACCAGAUCCGGCGCCUGAACCUGCAGGAAGGUGCCAACAGUGUGGUCUUCAGCGUGACCACACAGUACCAGGGCACCUGCCGCUGCAGGGCCACCAUCUACCUGUGGAAAUGGGACGACAAGGUGGUCAUCUCCGACAUCGAUGGUACCAUCACCAAGUCAGAUGCUCUGGGCCACAUUCUGCCCCAGCUGGGAAAAGACUGGACACACCAGGGCAUCACUAGUCUCUACCAUAAAAUCCACCUAAACGGAUACAAGUUCCUGUACUGCUCGGCCCGGACCAUCGGCAUGGCAGACCUCACCAAGGGCUACCUGCAGUGGGUGAGCGAGCGGGGCUGCAGCCUCCCCGAGGGUCCCAUCCUACUGUCUCCCAGCAGCCUCUUCUCUGCCCUGCACAGGGAGGUGAUUGAGAAGAAGCCAGAGGUGUUCAAGAUCACCUGCCUCAGUGACAUCCAGCAGCUCUUCCUGCCCCAGGGACAGCCCUUCUAUGCUGCCUUUGGGAACAGGCCUAACGAUGUCACUGCCUACCGGCAGGUCGGCCUACCUGAAUCCCGCAUCUUCACAGUCAACCCCCGAGGAGAACUCAUCCAGGAGCUCAUGAAGAACCACAAGUCCACGUAUGAGCGACUCAGUGAGGUGGUUGAACUCCUCUUCCCGCCUGUGGCCCGUGGCCCCAGCACAGACCUGGCCAAUCCUGAAUACAGCAACUUCUGCUACUGGCGGGAGCCACUGGCCCCUGUGGACCUCAGUGCCUUGGCCUGAACCUGCCCUGGCUGUCCCCCACCCUGGCCUGGCCCAGACCUGACUGCGUGUCCCAGGGCAUUGGGGUUGGAAGCUGGGUGCUGCAAGGUCAACAUACUGCAGGGGAGGAGGGGGCUGCGGGCUGGUCGGUGAUACCCCCUGUCCCCUGCCUUUGCUGGCUGAGCUGCACAGGACUGGGCAGCUGCUUCAGGCCUCAGUGUGUCCCUGGCCUAUAGCCAUUCAAUGAUUGGGUCCUUGCAGGGUUCACCACACCCUUGAUGUCUCUGUCCCUGUCACUCUGGGACCCUGCCUCAGUUCCUGACAGGACACAGAAAAGAGGGAGGCCCCUAUGAGGCUUGAGGCCUGUAUGCCCAGGAAAGUGUUGGUGGCGGCUGUGGGGAAUGUAUCCAGGAAGAAAUUUUCCUCCAACCCCCUGGCCCCGGCCCCUCCCCACAGCUCUGGAGCCAGACAUCACCGCUCUCCCACACUGGUGCCCUGGCAUCUCAGCACAUCCCAACCCCAGAUGCUCUAGGUCCCCACCAAACUCUGGUAAGGGGGACUCUGGGGCAGUGCAAGGGCUGAGGGGGGGUGGCUCCCACUCGCCCAUCUGCUGCUCCUCUCCUCUCUGCACCUCUGCUGAGGACACAGCUCCAAACCCUGCCAGGGCAGGUGGAGGCUGAUCUGCCUGGCCUCCCCGAGCCCUUGCUGGUCAUUUCACUGCCCACCCAGCUGCUGAGUGAGCUCUUGCCUGAGGAGCUGUGGGAAGCAGGGCUGGCACCCACUGAGGCCUCCCUUCCCACUGUCUUUGGGAAAGAAAGUACCUUUAGACGGACUAAAAGCUUUAAUCCAGGCCUGCUCUCCCUUAACAGCACCAAAGUGCAGGGCAGAACACCAAUGUCAAGGACCCAGAAGGUGGG